CCGAUGAUCUUAGGAGCUAAGUUGUCGGGGGCUUUUAUGCCCAUCUUAGGGCUACCCAGGAGGGACCAGACAGAGUAGCACAAAUAGACCCCUAUGACGAGCAACAUACAGUAUAUGGACCAAGGUUUCCCUUGCCUGGACGUAGGUCACUGCGACCCCCCUCUGGAGCCAGGCCUGGAGGUGGGCAUGAUGGUGGGCUUGCACCCUUGAGGCCCUGGCCGUGAUCUGAACUUACUGGUGCUUUGUUACUGGACUUCAUAAUGAACACCGUGUUCAAGUAUAAGGGUGUCCACGUACACUUGGCACUAGGAUACCCUGGCCGCAGUUCGAUGAUCGACUUUGUGGUUUUAUCGUUGGACUUGCGGCCACAUUGUUUCGGACACUCAGGUGAAAAAAUCAGUCAACCGAUAACCACCUGGUGGUGAGUUGGCUUCAGUGGUCAGACCUGGCAGGCCCAAACGUAUUGUAAGCGUAUUGUAACCGGCAUAGUCCUCCAUUAGACGGAGUUUCAACUCCCACCUCUGGGAGAGCUCCACAACCACGUUCCAAGGGAGGCAGCAGACAUUGAGUCCGAGUGGGUCAUGUUCUUCCAUUGUGGAGGCAGCUGAGAGGAGCUGUGGCCAAGCUGUGCCUGUCCCGGCGUUAAUCCCAGAACCCGUUGGUGGACAUCAGCGAUGAGGGAUUCCGUCAAGCUGAAGAAGGGAUCCUAUUGGACCUUCGCCACCUGGUGCUGCCUGAACAACUCUGAACUGUGAACCUUUGAUUGGCACCUCACUCGACCCAAUAAUAUCCUCAGUUGCCCUCGCCCCUCUCCACUGGAGGAGGACAUAAACAAGUGAACACUGACUUGGGACGAGACUGUUACAGUCAGCUAUGUGCGGAGCCGUUGGACUCACGUCCAGUGAGUCUAGUGUCCACACUGUCUUCCGGAUCCUCGCGUGACAGUCACAGCCUUUUUGGGAGCACCAUGACCCUUCCUUCCUCCAGCACGCCACCCAUACCAAGCGAGGAGGACAUAGACUUGGAGCUGAGCCCGACUGAAAGCACCAUAGAGCAGACAAGAAACCAGAGUCCCGGUCUCGCAGGUUCCAGCGGCCUAUGGCAGCCACACCUGAUCGGCAACCAGUGGAAUAACAAUGCCACGUCAAACAGGAAGGCAAGGGCAGAGAUCCUUCAUACCACUGCCUCGCCUGUCGUCAUGGACACGAUGGCGCCCAACCCAAAGCUAACCUACAUGGACCGAGUUGUCAUGGAGAUCAUCGAGACAGAGCGCAUGUACGUCAGAGAUCUGCGCAGUAUUGUAGAGGACUAUUUGGCUCACAUUAUUGACACGAGCAACGACUCCAUACGGCCAGAGCUCGUGUGUGCCCUGUUUGGGAACAUCGAGGACAUUUAUGAAUUCAACAGUGAAUUGCUGCAGUCACUGGACAUGUGUGAGAAUGACCCUGUGGCCAUCGCUCAAUGCUUUGUAGAUAAGAGUGAAUAUUUUGAAAUCUACACCCAAUAUUGCACCAACUAUCCAAAUUCCGUAGCAGCACUGACUGACUGCAUGAGGAAUAAAUCUCUGGCAAAGUUCUUCAAGGAUCGUCAGGCUGCUCUGAAACGUUCCCUCCCUUUGGGUUCUUUUCUCCUCAAGCCAGUGCAGAGGAUCCUAAAAUAUCACCUCCUGCUGCAGGAAAUUGCAAAGCACUUCGACCAAGAUCAGGUGGGGUAUGAGGUGAUCCAGGAGGCUAUAGACACGAUGACCGGGGUGGCCUGGUACAUCAACGACAUGAAGAGGAAACACGAACAUGCUGUCAGAGUGCAGGAGAUACAGUCUCUUCUGAUCAACUGGAAGGGUCCUGACCUAACCACUUGUGGUGAGCUGGUGCUGGAGGGCACCUUUCACGUCCUGCGGGCGAAGAACACUCGUACACUCUUCCUGUUUGAGAAGAUGCUGCUUAUUACCAAAAGAAGAGGGGAACACUAUGUCUACAAGACGCAUAUCGUAUGUUCAACCUUGAUGCUACUAGACAGUGCAAAGGAUCCCCUUCUCUUCAGUGUUAUCCAUUUCAAGCAUCCCAAGCAGCCCCAUACAGUGCAGGCCAAGUCUGUCGAAGAGAAGCGUCUCUGGUCCCAUCACAUUAAGAGGCUCAUUCUCGAGAACCACAACACCAUUGUUCCACCAAAGGCAAAAGAAACUAUCAUGGACAGUUCUAAUUGUCCAGAGAGGCUGAAAAGAGCAGAUUCAUACCACUCUGAAGAUUUUCACCUUGCAGGACGGAAUGGGAGAAGAAGAUCAGAACCUGCAAAACAAAUCAUGAAAAGUACAAAAGAUGUUAUGAAGGAUGAUCCAUUGAGCGAUGCUGCUCAGCUGUCAGAUAACGAGAAAACAGAGACAGAAGAUGCUCCCAGCCAUGAGGAAACACAGAAGGUCCAUUUGGAUGAGCUGCACUCUCUAAACUGUCUCCCUGAAAUAGAGAGAAACCCUCAGCUGCUGGCUCGGAAGCCCCAACACCCUUGCUCACCUCUCUCUUCCCAAACCCAAGAGGAUGUUACUCCUGAGCCUGUGGAGACCUCUGGAGAAACCGGUGAGGAAGAGGAGGGAGGUAGCGACUCAUCGGGUCUUCAAUUGGAGGAGACGAGUGUGCUCAUCAGCAGUGAGCUCUCUGAGGAGGAAGAGGAGGAGGUGCUGGCGGGGAGUAAGAGCAUCCUACCAUGCUCCGUGUUGGAUCAGGCGAGUGUCAUCGCAGAGCGCUUCAUCAGUGGCCUGUCCAGGCGGAGCAGCCUGAUUACAGACGAUUUGGACCCCCUAGCUUGUGCCUCACCUUUGACCCCCAAUAGUGUCUUCAUAAGCCCUUCAACCUGCACAAACUCUGAAGAAACCCCCCAAGCGUCAUCUCCAGAGCCACAGGUGACCUCUGAGGCCGAUACACCUGUGCAUGAAUUGGAUGUAGAGCGCAGGUCCACUCUCUCUAAACAGGAUCGCAUCCUGAUCCACAAGAUCAGGAGAUACUACGAACACGCCGAGAACCAAGAUGCCAACUUUAGCAUCAAGCGCAGGGAAAGUCUCUCCUACAUCCCAGUAGGUUUGGUUAGACACCUGAGUCGACAGCUAAACAAUAUUCCAGACCAGCAUGUUGUCCCACUCCACAGGAAAGUCCUCUCUCGUCACCGGCCUACUUCCUGGUCUGUCUUUGACCUUCCGGGCUUGGAGAAGAGUCCAAAUAUGGACUUUCACCAAAGACCAAAGGAAGUUAAGAUGAGAUCUCCAAGUGUCACAGACUCUUUUACCACAGAUGAAGACUUCCGACCUUCGUCAGAGAUGAUGAAAGUCUGGCAAGAUGUGGAAUCAGCGAUGGAAGUCCAGCAGAGUGAAGAGGAGGAAAAGGCACAUGGUGAGUGUUUAGACUCCAUGCAACCACCUCCAAUCCUAGAAGAAAGUGAAACAAGUCCUGUCCUGGAUAGUUCAAGCAUUUCAGAAGUCGACAGAAACUCUCAUCAAGAUUGCAAACCCCAUAAGGCCUCAGUGACUCAAGGGAAGAACCUGGUCCAACUCCCAAGGAUCAUAAGCUUUAGAGCAAGUGUGGAUGAGGACCAGAUCUUACAGGACAUGGGCAAGAUGAAGAAUAAGGUGUUCCAGCUGGCGCGUCAGUACAGCCAACGCAUCAAAAGCAACCGACCCAUGGUCUGGCAGAGGAACCGAGAAGCCUCAGGUCCACAAGGCUUCAGGAACAUGCCUGCUGUCCCCGAGGAGAAGGUCAAGAAAAAAGGUAAACCCAACCUCAGGCUGCCCUUGAACAUUUGUGAACAGAUGGUCAUCCAUGAGGUGAAUUCACCAAGCCCAGCCCAGACCCCAAGUUCCGGAGCCAGCUCCCACAGCGCAGCCACUGGCUCGCAAAGCCCACAGUCGGAGAACUUCCACUGGCCUGACGUACAAGAGCUACGGUCUAAGUACAACCCCUGCAGACUGGACACAGACACGGCCCACGCCUCAAAGAGGUCGCUGGAAUGUUCUACAGACAAAUGCAAUGGCUGCUCUCACACGGACCCUGAUGAAGUGACACACUGUCCUGCAGCACAAUCUGAGACCUGGUACGAGGAGAGAGGCGAACAAGAGUGGCCUCGGCCACGGUCCAAGAUGCUGUGCAGGUGGAGCUCUUUGGACCACAUGCUUGGAUCUUAUCCACUUAACGAAGUGCAGAACCUGCAGGAACAUGUGCCGACCUGCUGUUCAACUGGUCAAAUGUCCCUGACUGCACAGGAGGGCAGCGUCCUCACAGAGGCAGAGGAACUCCUCCAGGACAGCCGUGACUGUCCCGCCAAGUCGGCUGGUCCGAGUUCAGCAAAGAUGUCAGAACGUAAUCUUGUGAAGAGUUUACUGGAGAGGUUCCAGAGCUUGAGCACAAGCUCGUGAACGUGUUCAUGUUUAUCUUGAGAAACACGGAAACCUUUUACAACGUGUUGUGUGUACAGUCAGGUUUGGACUCCCAGUGAUGAUUUGUAAGGGAUGUUCUUGUGUCAAUGCAAUGUCUUUAAAAAGGUGUGUUGCAAUAUUUGUACAUUUGGGACUUUUCUAAAUCAUUUGACGUAAAUGUGUAAGUGGUCCCUCUAUUAAUAUCAUUAUUCCUGCAUUUGUUUAGUUCUCACUGUCGGUGAUGUGUACUUUAUUACUAUUAAAGCAAAGAACAUGGCGUUUCAGAGAAAAAAAAAAUACCUCAACUAAGCUGACUGCACACCAAAGAGCUUCCAUUGUGGCUGUCAUGUAACAGCAAUCAUGGCAUUUCGCACUAAUUGUAGCUGUUGUCGUGCAUCACUGGAGCUUUACUUCUUUCUCAAAUGUUGUAUAUUUUUAUUGAAUAGCGUAAUAUUUAUGAAGCUGUAUUUUUGGCAAAGAUUGGUGUGUAAAUAGAUAUGGACCCGUUUGUUUUUCAUUUCAUAAAACCUACUUGAAUUUGCCAUAUUUGCAAUAAAAAACAGAAAUGGCACGUGGCCGCUGGUCAUUGUUGUCAUGGACUGAUGCACAAAUUAUACACGUGACAUGUAGUCCACAGACAUUGUCUUCAUUUGACUGCAUUCAUGAAUAAACCGUGAUCAGCAAAUUUAGCACCUUUUUACUGAUUCACUGACAAGAAAACGGAAAGUGAACUAUAUUAAAACAUAUCUUUGCCUGAAAUUUCAAUGUGGUAUCGGCUUGUUAUAUAUUUUUAAUAUGCAGAUUGAUUUUAUGUGAAAUGUUUACCUUUGUUUUAAGCAGUGUAUUACAUUUGAGCACGUC